CUGUGCGGAGAAGUCUCAACCUCACGUAGUAGCUUGCUUUCAGUUCAGUAUUCGGUUCCGUGCGUGUAUUGUCCAUUCACAGGCAGAGAGGAGGGAGAUCAUUUGAUCGCGCUUGUUUCGGUUGGCUUGCGUCCGUCCGGGGGUGAUUCAUGAGACAAUUCUGUCAAUAUUCAGGACCGAUUGUAGAAAAUAAUAUGUAGUCUAGUUCUUAAGCGGCAGCAGCAAUAAUUCGUCGAGUGACGUUCAUAAUUGGUGCUAAUUGAUCUGAUUGGUUUAGUUUGGCGCGGUAGAAGUCAAACACGGAGAAGAGUACUGCGCGAUCGGUCGAAGGAAAAGAUUUUUACCGACGGCAAGUGAGGAUUUUGCGAGUAUCGCGUGUGAUCGGGUUCAAAAGUCGAGGGUUCGACCCGUGCGCGCAAGCCUGCUUUGGUUUUGCCAAGUGAGUGAUUGAAGGAUUGCGAAUGUUUCGGUCCUUUUUUACUUAACAGUGUCAGGAGUAGAUCGUUUAAAUACGAGAGUGAAGAAAAGAUUGAAGCAAAUAAAUUGUGUAAAUCGGUAAUGAAAGUCAUUGCGUGUGGAACGAAGGGCUUGUGACCUUACUUGAGUAUACGGUGUUUACGGGAAAGAAGAGGAAAGGAAGAGCUGAACGGAAAAAAAAACCUGACGGCAGAAGAACGAAGAGGAUUUCUUUUCCUAGAAAUGAAUGGAUAUAUUACCUGAUCGUGUACCGUCCGUGCCGUUCCCUUGAGAUAUUUACGACCGGGCCCGGCAGGAGCACUGUAAGGACGAGAGAAAACCAGUGAAGAUGGAUAAGUGAAAACGUGAAUCGGAAUUUCAGUGCUUAAGUUUGAAUUUAGUGUGUUCUACGACGAGCAAAACGAUGCCGGAGAAAGAAACAUUUCACGAGCACAUGCAGGUGCAUCCGUUUCACCAUCCGGGCCAUCCGUUGGCCGCAGCGGCCCAUCAUCACCCGGGGUUGGCCGCAGCAGCGGCAUCCCACGGUCUGGCAGCAGCCGCGGCUGCAGCAAAUGGGGCCAACCCGGGCGGUGGCUAUGGCCCUCUGCAGAUUCCGUCGGCCUUUGUGGCAUUCCACUCGCAGCUUCCUUCGAUGGAUCAGCGGGCGGUGGCAAUGGCCCAUGAUGGCCGCUAUGGGCUGUGGGAUCCCACUGGGCCCCCUUCCUAUCAUCACUCGACGGCAUCUCACGGACUGGCCAACAAUGCAAAUUUCGCCGAGUUGCAAUUUUUAAGCGCCCGCCGAGCGGCCGUCGCUGCAGCAGUGGCCAACGCGGAGGCAGCCGCCGCCGCCGCCGGUAGUACAGUAUUACCUCCACAUCCACCACCGGCCCCGACCACGGUGUCACCCCCGGCCACGUCCGGUGCUUCAACGACGGCAGAGGAACGGAGUAGUAGCAGCGGCGGCUGUGGCGGAACGACGACGGCAGGAGGAGCCAGCCCGGGACUGCCCACUGCCAAUGGUGGUGGCAGCAGUCCACCCAGUGGCGGUCAGUCUGCUGGACAGACGACGCUUCCCUCGGUGCCGGUGCACCAUCCAGGAGACUUCCACCCGGCCUACAGGAUACCCGGCUACAUGGAACAUCUCUACUCGCUACAGCACGCGUCGGCGUCGCUGCAUGGCCUCGGUCUCACCUCGGAGUACUUCAACGCACGAAACGCCAUCGCCGACCUGCACCCGGCCAGUUCGCUGGCCAGCGCCGACUUCCACUUCAGCAUCGAUGCCGCCAACCGGCUCAACUCGCCCCGGCCGGGCAGCAUACGGGCCAGCGUGAGCCGCAAGCGUGCCCUCUCCACGUCGCCAUACUCGGACUCGUUCGACAUCAGCUCGAUGAUCCGCUAUUCGCCCAAUUCGCUGGCAUCGCUGGUGAAUGCCUCGCGCAGCAGCAGUGCCAGCGGAUCGUACGGUCACCUGUCGGCGAGUGCCCUCGCACCGGCACUCGGCGUCCACGGUGGAAUGCCACCGCAUCUGCAGCAUCUGCUUCGGAGUAGUGGGUUCCUGCAUACGCUUCCCGGUCAUCAUCCUCCUACGGCCAGUAUGUUCUCGCUGCCACCGCAUCACCCACUGCAUCCGGGACAUUCGCUCAGUAAACCGCAGCAAAUCGCCGAUCUCUCGAGUAAGAAGCCGGAACAGCCGAGCUCGACGAAUCAGGUGGCCCGCGUCGAGGCGGACAGCGCGACUAAUGCCCAGCAGAAGAAAUCCCGCAUCAAGCGGGAACCGUCCCAGAACGUUCCGAUGCACAAGGGGAGUCCUCCGCACGGUUCCCCGAUGAUUACCUCCAACCAUCAGUUGAGUCCGACGUCGACGCAGGGCAUGACCAACGGUACCAACAGCAUUUCAACUGGUGCGACCUCGACGACCCACCACCACCAUCAUCACCACCACCACAUGAAUGGAGGAACCGGGACGACGGGAGGAUCGCACUCCGGACUCAAUCUGAGUCCGAUGCACACGAUGAUGGACGGUGGCUGCGGGCUGGGCGGUUCCAAGGUGGACUCAACCGAUCCAAAGGAUGAACCGGGAGAUUUCAUUGAAACCAACUGCCACUGGAGGGACUGCUCGCUGGAGUUCAACACCCAGGACGAACUGGUGAAGCACAUCAACAACGACCACAUCCACGCGAAUAAGAAAUCGUUCGUGUGCCGAUGGGAGGAAUGCUCCCGGGACGAGAAACCAUUCAAGGCGCAGUACAUGCUGGUGGUUCACAUGCGAAGGCACACGGGGGAAAAGCCCCACAAGUGCACGUUUGAAGGCUGCUGCAAGGCGUACUCCCGGCUGGAGAAUCUGAAGACGCAUCUGAGGUCGCACACGGGCGAGAAACCGUACACGUGCGAGUAUCCGGGCUGCAGCAAGGCGUUCAGCAACGCUUCCGACCGGGCCAAGCAUCAGAACCGGACCCACAGCAAUGAGAAACCCUACGUCUGCAAAGCCCCGGGUUGCACCAAGCGCUACACGGAUCCCAGCUCGCUGCGGAAGCACGUCAAGACGGUUCACGGGGCGGAGUUCUACGCCAACAAGAAGCACAAGGGCAACGGGCAUCAUCACCACCAUCACCACGGCGGCAGCGGAGGCAGCGGCCACGGAGGCCACGGCAGCGGUGGGGACGGCGGAGACGACGGCGAAGGAUCCAAUCACAUGUUCGACGGCAGUCCCCGGAGCGAAGACAUGCAGAGCGGCAAGACGACGAGCAUGAGCAGCCCGAGCAUCAAGUCGGAAUCGGAUGCCCACUCGCCGGGACAACCGCCGAUCAACAGUCCGAUGUCGAUUUCGGCCCUCACCGCUGGGUUGGUCGAUGACUACGACGGGAGCAGUAUGCAGCUGGGAAGUCUCGGAGCGAUCGACGAUCCCGCGUGGCCCUACGUCGAUGAGGAUCUUGAGGUCGCCGACUUGCCGUACGUCCUGCGGGAAAUGGUUGACCUGGGAGGUCCCACUGCGGCAACUGCCACGGCUGGAACCCGCGGCAGUGGCCCGAGGAAUCGCUUCAAAAACCGCAUCAACAUCAAGGGAUCUCUGAUGAGCAACCCACUGUCCAACAUCCCGGAGAUCAACAACCACCGGAACUUUGGUCUGAUUGAACUGAACCGACGGAUCACCGAUCUCAAGAUGGAACCGGGAACGACUCCACCUCCGCAACCAUCACCGAUCUCCAAGAACUGUCAGACUGAUCUGGGCAGCCUGCGGCCCCCGACGGGCCCGGUCUGUACCAACACGAUGAUGACCAACGCGUACCUCAAUCCGGGUCAACUGCGACGGGACAGCAACAACAGUACAACCAGCAGUUCGUACUACAGCAUGCGAUCGGCGGACAUUAGCCGGCGAAGCAGUCAAGCCUCGCAGCAGAGCUCGAUCUCGACCAUGCGCCCCACCAGUUACUACAACUCGUCCUUCUACGAUCCGAUCUCACCGGGCAGCUCGCGAAGGUCCAGUUCGAUGUCGACCGCUACAAAUGGUGGCCAAAGUUUGCCACCACCUCCGUCCUCGCAUUUGAUCUCAACGCAUCUGCAGCGCUUCAACACCACCCAGAACUCUAUGGGUAGCCAUCAUCCUGCGGCUGGAAGCUCACGGCAUUCGAUUCCGAACAACAUGAGCGGCGGAAGCUACUACCAUCAGCAGCAGAUGCUGGGCCAGACGGACAGGAGAAUGUCCGAGCCAGUUACCGGAAACCAACACGCCGGUCACUACGGCACGGGUCCAGGAUUUGUUGGACGCCCAAGUUCUACGGUUCCGAAAAGCAGUACAAUCACGUCCGGAGCAGCAGCGGCAACCGCUGGUGCUCCCGCCAAGAUCCCCUCACCAGCUACCAACAAACUUCACCCGAAUCAGGAAGUGGUCCUGGAUGAGGUCGAAGAAGGUGAAAUGGUCGAAAACAAGCUGGUCAUUCCGGAUGAGAUGUUGCAGUACUUGAACCAGGUUGCCGACCAGGAAAGCAAGGUCACUGUUCAACAAGGAAUGUCCACACCGAACUCGGCAACUGCUCCAACGGAAGGUUCCGGGUGGAACCCAACCGAAAACUCCCCUCCGAGAUACUCCGGGAUGCAACCUCGCCAGCAGCAGCCACCUGCCAGUUUUAACCAGCCGCAGUCGAAACUGAACAAGGUCCUGAUGAGUCCUCAGUCCCAGUACAGCAACGAUGACUGCAGCAUGAUGAGCAACGUGAUGUCUCCCCAGACUCCGCAGCACCAGAUGAUGUCCCCGAUGAUGCCGGCCGAGAGUGCCGUAGGUCCUCUGACCCCAUCCAACUACGGACCUCAACCGCAACCGCAGCAACCGAACACCCCUCCCGUACAGUGCCAAAUGCAGAACUUCAACAACAACAACAACGGUCAAAACUUCAACAACAACAACAGCAACUUCCCUCUGAAUCAACCGCCGCAACUCCGACAAAUCGCCUGCUCGAACCUGAUCGGUUACUUCCACCGAACGGACCAGAGCGCACACCACUGCUGCCUAGCGAUGAUGAUGCAGGGAUCGCUGCACAUCAACCAACCGUCCGGAUCAUCGACCGCACAAGCCAGCACCAACUCCCAACAGUACAAAAACCCCUUCAGCUUCAACUCCAACACCUUCCCGGCCCCAUGCCAACAAACGCAACCAGCUCCCACCCAGCAAACCUCCCCCAAUCCCGUCGACGUGGAGAUCCAGUGCGGCGACAUCAGCCAAUCCCAACUUUCCCCUCCCGUUAACAAUCCUGCCAACCCAUCACCCUCCACCCCUAGCCAACCCCAAUCCCAAGCCCCUCCGAAACCCAUGGAAAGCAGCCUGCAAACUCCUCCCCUCCCGUCAACCCCCACGGGUUUCGGUGAACCUCCAGCUCCUACCGCUACCGUCGCUACACCCACGGUAGCUUCUCCUCCUGCAGCAGCCGCAGCUGCUACUGCGGCAGCGGCUCCCGGAACCAUGGGUUCGGACACCUACCAGCGCACCCUGGAGUACGUGCAAAACUGCCAAAAUUGGGUGGAAUCCGCGGCGGACAUGGUCAGCAGCAGCACCCACCCUACGGGAACGACCGGUGCCACGGCAACAGCAGCAACGACGACAGCGCCGCCACCUCCUCCUCCAACGGCAGCAGCCGCAGCUGCUGCUGCAUCCUCGAAUCUGGUGAUCAACGACAUGAGCACCUCCCUCAGCUCGUACUUCGAGGAGGAUCGCUACCUGCAGAUGAUACAGUGAAUGCUCGUUUCUUUUUUUUUUUUUAGAUAAAUUUUGUUUCGUUCUUCCAAACUCAUUGAUUGAGACUUACUAGUUUUGUUUUCGAAUUAGGUUAGGUUAGGCUUUCAUUUUUUUUUUACUCUUCUCAGUGAUCGCAAGCCGUAGUUUAUGUAGAAGUAGUGUGAAACGGACGUGAAGAUUUCAUUCGGUGUGUAGAAAAUUUUUCGACGAUUAUCUCUUCUAUAGGCCUACUAGGUGAUAAGGAAGCGCAUUUUGUAGCCAUGUAAGAUUUUUUGUUUGUUUGUUUCGAGACGAUGAGAACAAAGACGAUAGAUUUCCUGUAAUUUGAGUUUAUGUGCAUUUUUUUUAGAGGGUGACGCAGCGACAUUUUUCGCUAGACAUUAGGCAUGUGUGUCAUUUACUUAAGCGACGGUAAGUGACUGUAAUUAUAUAGAUGAAUUAUUACGAUGAGCGGAAUGUGACGCGAAGAAAAGUGAAUAUUUUCGUUAUUGAAAACAAUUCGAACUGGAUGACAUGAGCGUGCAUGGACCCAUACGAUUGAGGAGCAAGAGAGUCUUAGAAAUUAGCGAUAUAAAGAGACAGCGAAGUAGACUUAUUUUUUGUAAAGAAUUUCGUUUCGUAUGUUUUUUUUUCUGUUCUCGUGGUCCUAUUUUGUAAAUAACUGUCCCGAUUAGUGCAGUUAAGAGAGAUUCAAGACAAUUGAUGAAUAAAUUAAUGGUUAUGUCCUAAUAAAAAGUA